UAUUGACUGAGGGACACUGGUAUAAAAUGGCAUGGAUUCAAGCAGUUGGGUCUUCAAUAAAAAGGCUUCCUGCACAGCACAGAGGCACAAAGACGGGGUAAUCCCUACAACCAUGACGGGCUCAGUAAAAUCAACUGUUCUGCCUCUUCUUCUGUUGUCCUUUCUUCUUUACAUUGCUGAUUCUUACCCCAACAGCGAUAUGUCAAACAUGGGCUGUGAGGAAUGCACACUGAGAAAGAACAGCCUUUUCUCAAUGGAGCGUCCAGUCUACCAGUGCAUGGGCUGCUGCUUCUCCAGAGCCUACCCUACACCUCUCAAGUCCAAGAAGACAAUGACAAUCCCAAAGAACAUCACCUCAGAGGCCACGUGCUGUGUUGCAAAGCACAGCUAUGAGAUGGAAGUUGCGGGCAUAAAGGUCAGGAACCACACAGACUGCCACUGCAGCACCUGUUACUUUCACAAGCAAUAA